AUGGCGACUACAUCCUACUCCACAGAUCCGGCGUUGUAUCUGUUUACAUCGCUGACUGCGGGGUCGUCUCAUAUCAUCACCGCGACGUCAAGAUUAGAGACCAUCCUCAAAGCCAACAAGAUCCCUUUCCGGGCCGUCGAUUGUGCCACAGACGAGAAGGCUCGGAUGCUAUGGGGUCGAAGAUCGAAGGGAAGAAAGCUGCCUGGACUUGUGAGAUACGGAGAAAUCAUUGGGGAUCUCGAGCAGAUCGAGGAAUGGAACGAAUACGGCGAACUCAAGGACCAGGUAGCCGCCUCUCUGAACCUGGGCAGCUUGACCACCAGCAGCGCCAGUAUCGUCCCCGAACCGCCUACCACCACAUCCACUCCUCAAAGAUCCGGACCUCCGUCUCGCGCAUCCUCAGAAACGCGCCACAUCUCGAUCUUCGAUCCCAAAGAUAAAGAUAAGGAUGGCAGUAGCAGUGGCACGGAAGCCACCUCACACAAACCAACAGACGCGCCCAUCAAUGUGGCCUUGCGACAACUCGGUGUCGAAGCUGCCGCCAAAGCAGGUCAGAAGAAAGCGGCCGCAGCGCAGGCCGCCAAAGCAGCAGUGGCCCCGACCAAAGAACCCAGCACUACAGAUCAGAUCCCCGUUCCAGCGGCUACGAAACUGAGUGCCGAAGCCGCAGUCGAAUCACCCGAGACCGCGCCCAACGUCACCGCCGCAAAGACUCCUGCUCAACUGGCCACUGAAGGAGCGAAGCGGACGUCUGUCGACAAGAUCGCCGACUCGGAAGCCGAAGCAACUUCUCCUGUCCACAACCAAGAAUCAUCCUCAUCAUUGUCAUCAUCACCAUCGUCAUCGACGGAAGCGAAGAUCCUGGAACAGCGACGAGCAAGCAGUGUCACGAAGACGAAGUCGAGAUUAAGUGAGUCGACGCCUGCGGAACAGAGCGAAACGGUGCUCUCGGAAGAAGCAAGCCCGACUGCGCCAAUUGCCGUGCCGGAAUUCGAAGUGAGUGCUACCAUGUCGCCGCCGUCGGAAGGUCGGGCUCGCCAGCACCGAGGGAGUGAUAUAGGAGAAGCCAGCCCGGAAGAGAUUCGAGCAUUGGAAAAGAAACUGAGUAUUCAAGAAGAAGAUGAAGGAAGUGAUGACGAAGAUGCUGAAGGGUCUGCUGCUGUGGAAGACAAGAAAGGGGACAGCGUUGUGACAAAGGAGAAGAAGACAGAGCCAAACGAGAAGAGUCUUGUGUCGAGCACAGAUGAAGCAGAGCAAACCGCCACCAAGGGCACUGAGCCGCAGAAUGCGGACGCCAAAGACGCAGACCAGGCUGGCGUUAGUGUUGGGGAUUGA